GACAGGGCGUUGUUCCCGUUAAAGGGAACGCCGGGAGCCUCCCUCUGGCCCCUCGCUUCGCGCGCGCAGCCUCGCAGCGCAGCUGUGUUUGGGGACGCCGACAGCCAGCGAACGCACGGAGUUUGUGCCCGAGGCCACUCGGAGGAUCGGGGACAGCUAUCCCUUUGGGCUACAGAACCUCCGCAGGGCAGAAUCUCCAUAGAGCAGAGCCUGCCGCCAGAAUGCUCCUCCUGUUGCUGGGCAUCAUCAUCCUCCACGUCGCCGUGCUGGUGCUCCUGUUUGUCUCCACCAUCGUCAGCCAAUGGAUAGUGGGCAAUGGACACGCGACUGACCUCUGGCAGAACUGUAGCACUUCCUCAGACACCGUCCACCACUGCUUCUCAUCAUCAGCAAAUGAAUGGCUGCAGUCUGUCCAGGCCACCAUGAUCCUGUCCAUCAUUUUCAGUGUUCUGUCCUUGUUCCUGUUCUUCUGCCAGCUCUUCACCCUCACCAAGGGGGGCCGGUUUUAUAUCACUGGAAUCUUCCAAAUCCUUGCUGGUCUGUGUGUGAUGAGCGCAGCCUCCAUCUACACGGUGAGGCACCCGGAAUGGCAUUUCAACUCUGAGUACUCCUAUGGCUUCGCCUACAUCCUGGCCUGGGUGGCCUUCCCGCUGGCCCUUCUCAGCGGCGUCGUCUAUGUGAUCUUGCGGAAACGCGAAUGAAGCGCCCGGACGGGUCGUCUGAGCACUGAGCAUACAUUAGGGGAGGGAGGAAGGCAACCAGAAAACCAAAAAAAAAAAAUAAAGAAAAAAAAAAUCUAGCAAAAACCCAAACUCAAACCAAAUCAAACAGAAAGCAGUUGGGGGGGGGGGUUAGUGUUGAUUGAAGAUGUAUAUAAUAUCUACGGUUUAUAAAACCUAUUUAUAACACUUUUUACAUAUAUGUACAUAGUAUUGUUUGCUUUAUAUGUUGACCAUCAGCCUUGUGUUGAACCUUACAGAAGUAGCUAAGGCAUUUACAUCCUAACCCUGUAAUCAAACUUAGUAGUUUUGUUUUUCAUUUUUUUGUUUUGUUUUGCCUAGAAAUAAAGUAACUCCAUCUCACCCCUUCCCUUUCAUCUGAAAGAAGAUACCUCCCUCCCACUUCACCUCACUUAGAAAACCAAAGUAUGCAUAGAAACCCCGAAUGGCCAAAAGCCCUUAGAUUGUGGGUGACCCAGUGCACCACACAGGAAUAUGCACUGUCCCCACCUCUGUGGAAAGCUGUAUGCACACACAGACAAAACCCCAAACUGGAGCCCUUGGCAAACACAUGGGUUGUGGCUUUGGCAUACGUGCCCUCAAGGGCGGGUGUCUUAGUCACAUGUCUAGAUGAGAAUCGGUGACAGCAGACCUACGAAAUGGUGCUAUGUAUUUACCAUUCCUGAUUAUCACUAAUCUAAACUACUCACUGGAAAUUCAAUUAACAAUUUUACAACAUAAAGUAGAAUGGAGACCUGAAUAAUUCUGUGUAAUAUAAAUGGUUUAUAACUGCUUUUGUACCUAGCUAGGCUGCUAUUAUUACUAUAAUAAAGAAAGAAUAAACACA